CCAACUUCCAAGAACGUGGUCCCCCCUCUUCGUCCUUCCUCCCUUUUUGCUUCUUCUCUCCUUCAACUCUUCACAUUGGCCCUCAUCCAACAACUCUUAUAGGCGUCACGCCUUCUCUACCGGGUCACUCCCGCCUUCCCUCGAUGGCUCCUCCUCCACGUUUGCGCAUUCUGUCCGUUGGUGGCAAUGCGAUUUCUGCCUUUCUCUCAUGGCGACUGCAGGCGACAACCUCCUGCGAUGUGACUUUAGUCUGGAAAUCAGGCUUUGACGCUGUAUCACAAUAUGGUGUCUCAUUCAAAUCCAAAGCAUUCGGCAACGAGCGAUUUAAGCCCCGACAUGUCGUCCGCGCCCCCGAAGAAGCAUCCUCUCGCGAAAAUGCCUACGACUAUGUCAUCCUCUGCGUGAAGGCCCUGCCCGAUGUCUACGAUCUGGCCUCGGUGAUCGAAUCCGUGGUUACUCCUCAACACACAUGUAUCCUUGUCAACACCACAAAUACCCUCGGUAUCGAGGCUCAUCUCGAGCAACGGUACCCGACCAACGUCAUCCUUUCUCUGGUUUCCAACGUCGAAAUCUCUCAGACCGGCCCCAGCGAGUUCGAGCACCUGAGCUCGAGCGAGAUCCAUGUGGGCGCAACCAACAAACAAACCUCCAUUCCCACCUCCAUCCAGAAUGACAUGGCAGCGGCAUUGGCGAUGACUCUGAAUUCCGGCCAGGUUGAUUGCAAGGUCUCGGAGAAUAUUCGUCAGGAGCAAUUCGAGCGAAUGAUUGGCCCGAUCGCGUUCCAUCCCGCCAGCGUUCUGUUCGAAACCCCGAACCAUACACAACUUCUCGAGAAAACGGGCGUCCGUCAAGUGGUAACAGGCAUCAUUGAUGAGUUGAUGGAGCUUGCCUCUGCCCAGGGCUGCUCAUUCCCCAGCGAUUUCCGGGAGAAGACGAUCGAAAAGAUGACUGCCACGGAUGCUCCGACCACGAUGUACCAGGAUUUCCAGGCUCGCCGCCCGAUGGAGAUUGAGACUUUCCUCGGAUCCCCGAUCAAGCUGGCCCUCGAGUCCAACACUCGCGUGCCCCGGAUUGAAUCCCUGUACGCAAUGAUGCACCACGCCAAUAUUGUCAACCAAAGCAAGCCCCGGCAGGAAUCCCCGCCUGCAUCAGUGAUGGGCCAGCCGCCUCCACGAUUGUCUUCCGCCCCUCCACAGCAGCGACCCAUGAUGAACGGCGGACCCAUGAACGGCGGACCCCCACCUAUGCGAGCCAGCCGCACACCUUCAGGCAUGGUCAUCCCCCCACAAAGACGUGGCCCGCCCCCAGGCAUGAUGCGUGGACCUCCCCCAGGUGGACCGAUGGCACCCCACAACCGAAUUCCACGCGACCCAUCAUUGGAGGGGCUCGAAGAGUUCAGCCAUUUGGUGGUAUACGACGAGUCCGGCGAGAGUAUCCCACACCAGAAUGGCAAUGGCGCUCUUGAGCCUAACGCGGCACCAGUGUCGGAUAUAGCGUUGCGAGAGCGGGAGUUGGCUCUUCGUCAACGAGAGCUGCAGAUCCGGGAACAGGAGAUGGGCCUGCGCCGGGGUCCUCCUGGCCCUGCACGCCGUGGACCGCCCUCCCGGGCCCCCACAGCAUUUGACGAAGAAGACGAGGAUUACUUUGACCCCAUGGAUACGAUGGCCAUCCCGCACAUCGACCCCGACAGUGUGGACAUGAUGAGUAUGACUUCCCGCCGAGGCCGCAAGGGCCCCAGUCACAGUCAAUUCCGCAAAAACCCCGAGUUUUCCGUGUCCGCCCCUCCCAGCCGUCCCUCCUCAUCAGCCUUCGGGCGCUACUUUGGCAGGAAGCGCGCGAGCGAUCGCGUGAUGCAAGAAAUCCCGGGUCUCCACGAUUCCCUCAUGGACAACCCGAUGAUGAGCUACUCUUCCAACAGAUAUGGUGCCGUUGACCGAAACCAGAUGAAUAUGGACUCGCGAGCCAACUCCCUCACGGCCAGCCACAUGGGUGACUACCCACCGAGGCCCUUCCCGACGAGCCGGCGUAACAGCCAGUCCCCUGGAACUCCCCCUCGGCGGACCCUCAGGGCCCCCGGACCCCAUGGUCCUCCUGGACCAGGCCCCCGGAUGGGUCGGCCCCCAACCGCACAUGACCACAGCUUUGGACCCCCUAAUGGACCUCACGGUCAACCUUCGCCCCCUGGUAACAUGCGAACGCCGGUGCCGCGGUAUCCUCCUGGACAUGGAAACGCGGUAGGGCCGCAGCAAGUUGAACAACACUAUGGGGUGAGCAACACGUUUCCUGCCAAGGGCCCUCUUAAAAACAAAAGUCUGACCGGAAGUGCGAGCGCCAGCGCGGAGAGUGGUGAUAGCGGAGCGAGUGCGAACCUCGACUCUGAGCCUUCAUCUCAUAGCAGUCAGGUCAGCCUGGGCCAGGGAGUCGCAGCACCCGUUCGCUGAACCCGACCCGAUGAUUGACUGAAUUUUAUUGACGUUUCAUUCGGCCUGGACGAACCUCCACCGAACAUUGGUCAUGUUUGGACCAUUUUGCAUCAUGGCGUGUCAAUGCAGCGGGGAUAUCAUUCUUCGGUCCCGAUGGGGGCACCGGUUAAUACUGCUGUUUCGUUUCUUUACAUAUACAUGAGGGACAUAGGGGUCUUCAUUGCGUUUAUUUUCUGUUUCGGAGUGGAUCGGGGUAUGGGUGUGCGCGUUUCGUCUUUUUUCCGAUUUCUCUCUGCAUCGAUACUCAUGUUCGCGGCAUUAUCGAAUUCUAAUGAGGCUGCGCGAGCCAACUCGGGGCAAUUAUCCUUCCUCUCUCACACUCUCUGUUCUAUCUCAUUGUGUCUUUUCACAGCAUGUCGAUAUAGCGUCGUCGGCAAUCUCACCUGCCCAUCUUCUCAUCCCUCUGCAUGACUGUACACUACUCGGGCCGGCGCAUUCCUUUUCUCUGGACUCGUAUACGCCUUUUUGCUUUGUCUGUUUUACCACCAUUUGCUGGGCACUUCCUUCCUUUGCUUUUUCCUUGCCUCAACUAGCCCUCUGAUUUUGACGCAUUCCAAAAGAGCCGGAGGUUCGAUUUAUGUUGAGUCGCCUUCUGGGUCUGCGCUUUGCUGGGCAUUAAUGAGUGUGACUGUUCGGUCUGGACAGACUGUAUCCUUCCGAAUUGAUAGACCUUCCGUUAUAUCACCUACAUUAAGAAUAGAAUAG